AUGGCAGCAGGAAGAACUCGUCACACGAACUUCUGUAACAACAUAGAAGCUUAUCACAAGAAAAAGAAAGAAGAGCAAUUUUAUGACUUUACCAUCCGGGACAAAGAUGACAUGGAGCUUAAAUCACACAAAUUUAUUCUUACUUCUCAAUGUGAUUACUUCGCAGGUUUAUUCCGCUUCCUUUCAAAUUGCGGUGAAACUAAAUUUGUUAAUUAUUCAAAUGAUGAGAUUAAGAUUUGCAUUGAAUAUUUGUAUACUCAAAAAGUGAACCUCACGGAAAAUAAUGUUGAAAAUGUGCUGAUGUUUGCCGACUACAUCAAUCUGACGGAUGUGCGCGGCAUUUGCGUAGAUUACAUCAUCAAGCACAUCGAUCAGUCGAAUUAUGACCACGUGAUUGGGCUUGGCUACAAACUGGAAAUAAAAGAGCUAAUUGAAGCAGGCGUUUUGUUCUCUGCAAAAAACCUUGGGCCUCAAAAUAUCAAUAGUCUGGAUACCUUCUCCAAGGACAUGAUAAAUGACGCUGUCCGUUUGCAGCAAGAACAAGUCACGAUUAUGACACAGAGGCAAUGGAACUUCAAUGUGAUAAAGGAGUGGAUGACAGCGACGAACGAUGCAGUGGGCUUCGAAGCUAGAGGGUCUUCAGUAUACUCCAAUGUCAAUCAAUUUGGACCGAAAUUCGCGAUUGAUGGUGAAGUCUCCAAUAAAAACCACUUUUUCUUUCACUCCGAACUCGAGAUGCAUCCAUGGCUGGAAGUCAAAUUCCCCUUUCCGGUCUUGAUUUCGUCUGUGACAAUUAUCAACCGCAAAGAUUCCUGUUGGGACAGACUAAGGAACGUAGAAGUCAGAGCUGGUAUGACGCCUGUACCUGAAGGGUUCACAGCAGUUUACAGAGGACUCCAGAGUAACAAAAAACUCGAGGUCAACACUCCAUGUGGACACUUUGAAGGACCAGCAAGAGGAUUUGUUAGCGAGGGAUAUACCAUCGUUUUUGAUAGGCCUACAUUAGCGCAGUAUAUCACUUUACAGAUUUUAGAGAAACAGUUUCUUCAGAUAAACGGUCUGAAAAUUAAUGGCGGUGACUUGCUGAAUCAUAAGGAACCAUUUUUAAACGAAAAGAAAUGA